AUUUAUGUUGGGGGUUAUCGAAAUUGCAAAAAGUUAUCACGAAAUAAUAAAUAAGUGUUAAAUUAUGUCUUUGUGGUGGUCUGAUUAAUCUUUGGCGGGGUCUCCAGUUGCUGAUAGCGCUUUUAUUUUUAUUUCUCGGGGCUAUAUAAACGCGAGAUCUUCAUGAAAAUUACAUCAGAAAUUACUUUGAGUUCUAUUACGAUUCAGUAUUAAUAAAAGUUGUAUUCUAACCUAAAAAAAAAAUUUAAUUAUUGUAAUAAUGGAACAAAAAAUGUACCCAGUUUUAAAAGCUUUUUUAGCCGGAUCAUUAUCAGGAACUUGUUCUACAGUUUUAUUUCAACCCCUUGAUCUUGUUAAAACACGUUUACAAAACCCAGCUACUAAUUAUAUUAAUGGAAGAAAUGGAGUUGGAAUGGUUACAAUUUUCACAAAUAUCAUUCAAAAAGAACAAAUUAAAGGACUAUGGAAAGGAAUGACACCCUCUCUUUCGAGAUGCGUACCUGGUGUUGGGCUCUAUUUCUGCACCCUGGAUGUUUUAAAAACGAAUUUCUUCAGUGAUACAACCCCCAGGCCUUUGGAAUCGAUUGGUUUAGGCGUCGUUUCGAGAUGUAUUAGCGGAAUUAUUAUGAUUCCAAUGACUGUAAUUAAAACCAGAUUUGAAAGUGGCGUUUACGGCUAUCAAAGUGUAAAUCAAGCUAUUAAAGAGAUUUAUCGAACUGAAGGUUUAAAAGGAAUGACUUGUGGUUUGGUUCCAACUUUAAUUCGAGAUGCUCCUUACUCUGGGUUGUAUUUAAUGUUCUACACAGAAUGCAAGAAAUUAGUACCAAAAGAUCUUUAUAAUUCUCCAUAUACAUCUCCAGUACAUUUUACAUGUGGAUUAACAGCGGGGAUUUUAUCCUCAAUUGUAACUCAACCAGCUGAUGUUUUAAAAACGAAAAUGCAACUGUAUCCGCACAAAUUCAACGGGAUUUGGUCCGUUAUUGUUUAUGUUAAUACAAAAUAUGGAGUGAGAGGUUAUUUUAAAGGUGUUGUACCAAGAAUGUUAAGAAGAACUUUGGUUACUGCAAUGGCUUGGACUGUUUAUGAGAGAUUAACGAACACGUUUGGGUUGAAAUAAUUCUUAUGAUAGUGAAUGGAGCUAUAUUUAUUUGUAAAUAUUGUAAUAAUUAUUGUGAUAUAAGUAUUAUCUAAAUUAAAUUAUUUAUUUAUGUUAAAA